CCCUCGAAAGCUUGGUUGCGAAGACACUCCGGAGGAACUACAAGUUUCUCGUCGGAUCGCCGAAGGCCGUGCGCCUCCACAUCAAUGAUGGGCUAAACGAAAGACGCAGGUGGUGACCCUUGGCACCGCCGUCCCCUAGAUACUGUGCGGGUCAUUUCUUCUAUCUAUCUAAAUUGUGGGUGCGAGAUCCCUAAAUGUCCGCCAGAAGUGCAUUAGGCAGGUCAUCUGCUUUGCUGCGGCAUGGAUCGGCAUAUGAGUCUACUCCACUCCGACGAUACCUUACCACACGAUCACCUGCAACAUUCCUUGCACUGAACGCUCGUCUUGCACUACAACAAGCUCUGAGUGGGAGACGAACCAUCUGCCAAGCUACGAAGUCGAACCAGACUCCUACGCCAUCAGCUACGAGAGCAGCAACGUUCGCCACGAUGCAUCGCUCCCCCGCCGCUAUGGUUACAAAGCCAAUGGCGGAUCCUAAUAUUGAGAUCCGCACCCCAAGGGACCCAAACACCUUGUCUAACUAUCACAACUUUGUGACCAGGCAUACGAGUGUCGAUUUUGAUAUCGAUUUCCAGAAGAAGCGGUUGUUUGGAAGUGUAGUGUUGACGUUGGAGAGUCUGACGGAUGAGGAGGUGAAAGAUGUUGUAUUGGAUAGCAGCUUCCUUGACAUCUCCGUCGUAGAAGUCGAGGGUAAAAGUGUCAAGUUCAACGUUGGCGAUCGUGUGGAGCCCUAUGGCAGUCCUCUUACCAUUACGCUUCCAUCCAAGGUUCCCAAAGGCAAGACCGUCGAUGUUGAGAUCAAGGUCGCUACUACCGAUAAGUGUACCGCACUUCAGUGGAUGACGCCAGCUCAAACCUCGAACAAAAAGCACCCGUACAUGUUUUCGCAAUGCCAGGCCAUCCAUGCACGAUCUGUCUUCCCUUGCCAGGAUACUCCGGAUGUCAAGUCAACUUUCAGCUUUGCCCUACGCUCACCGCUACCAGUGCUUGCCUCGGGUCUGCCUACUGGAGCCAGUGACUAUCUACCUGCGAAGAAGGACGGUGAGAGCGGUACCAUGAAAUACACGUUUGAACAAAAGGUCCCAAUGACAGUGUACCUUUUUGCUGUUGCGAGUGGAGAUCUAGCAUGCGCAAGCAUUGGCCCCCGCAGUACGGUAUGGUCUGGACCCGAAGAGCUCCUUGCGUGCAAAGAUGAACUUGACGGCGAGAUCGAACCUUUCAUGAAGGCACUCGAAUCGAUUGUCUCACCCGCGUACCAAUGGGGACAAUACAAUGUACUCAUUCUGCCACCAUCAUUCCCGUACGGCGGCAUGGAGAACCCAGUCUGGACCUACGCUACUCCUUCCAUCAUCUCUGGUGACAAGCAAAACGUCGACGUCAUCGCACACGAGCUGUCUCAUUCGUGGUCCGGUAACCUUGUCAGUGCAGCGAGCUGGGAGCACUUCUGGCUGAACGAAGGCUGGACCACCUACCUUGAACGUAGAAUUGCUGCUGCCAUUCACGGAGAGGCGCAUCGCCAUUUCUCUGCUAUCAUCGGCUGGAAAGCUCUGGAGCAAAGCAUCGAGAACUAUGGCGCAGACCACCCCUACACUAAGCUCGUUCUCGAUCUCAAGGGUCAAGACCCAGAUGACGCAUUCUCCUCCAUCCCUUACGAGAAAGGUUUCCAUGCCCUUUAUCAGUUUGAACUGCUUCUCGGAAAGGACAAGUGGGAUUCCUUCAUCCCACACUACUUCGACACCUUCAAGUUCAAGUCAGUCGAUUCAUACGACUUCAAGAGCUGUCUGAUAGAGUUCUUCGAGAAGGAUGCUGAGAGCAAGAAGAAGCUUGAUGACUUUGACUGGGACAAACUCUUCUACGCGCCCGGCUAUCCUGUGAAGCCAGACUUUGACCAGACUAUGGUCAAGAGUUGCUAUGAGCUUGCAGACAAGUGGCAAGCCCUGGUUUCUUCCGAAUCUGGAGACUUCAAGCCCCAAUCCUCAGAUAUCGGAGGCUGGGUAUCUAACCAGUCGGUUGUCUUCCUCGAAAAACUCCAAAACUUCGCUUCCAAGUUCUCAGCCGACCAAGUACACUUGCUAGGCGCAACGUAUGGCUACAACGACACCCAGAAUAUUGAAGUUCUAUCACGCUACCUGAGUAUCGGACUCAUGGCCAAGGCCCAAGAGACGUACGAGCCAGCAGCGACUUUGCUAGGCAAGAUUGGUCGUAUGAAGUUUGUGCGACCCAUGUUCAGGUUGUUAAACGAGGCGGAUCGCGAUCUGGCUGUCAGCACAUUUGAGAAGAACAAGGAGUUCUACCACCCAAUCUGUAGGCAGAUGGUUGAGAAGGAUUUGUUCGAAGAGAAGAAAUAGUGUUGGACAGGGAAAAAACAGAAAUUCGAAAAACGACACAUGGAUUUCAAGAUAUUUAGAUAGCUUUGACCAUCCGAGAGCAUCAAUCAAGUGCCAGCUAAAGCGUGU